GUUGAGCUAGAAGUGGAAUUGAAGCCCAUAACCGUCUCCGCUCGCAAGGAGGUCGCGGCGACUCCCGCCGUUGUACCGCUCCCCAAAAUGGCGUCUCCUCCCCUCCCCUCCCCUACUCAACCUCGCCCACCCACCCGCCGAGGUAGCUCCGGCGACGGCCUCUUCUCCCCCGCCGGCGAACCCAUAGAAACCUCGUGCUCCCGCGAAGCUGUGAUGCGCCAUCACGCUCCGCCCGCGCGGCCUCCUCAGCCUUCCCCGGGCCCAGGGACGCCACCGCCGCCGCCCCGGCCGGCGUGGAACACCAACCGCAACCUGGUGGUGACCCACCCGCUGCUCGCCCUCCUCGAGUCCUGCGCCUCCUUCCCGCGCUUCCUCCAGCUGCACGCGCUGCUCACCGUCUCCGGCCUCGCCGCGGGCCGCUUCCCGGCGUCCCGCCUCCUCGCCUUCUGCGCCCUCUCCACGCCGCCCCGCGUCGACCACGCCGCCGCCAUCCUCGCCCGCGCCCCCGCCCCCGGCCCCAACGCCUACAUGCUCGCCACCAUGAUGCGCGCCUUCCUCCGCGCCCGCCUCCCGCGCCGCGCCCUCGCGCUCUUCCGCCGCGUCGUCCGCCAAGCCCUCCCCGCCGACGCGCGCACGCUCGUCUUCGCGCUCAAGGCCGCCGCGGCCGCCGAGCACGGGCCGUCGUCCGCGGGCGGGGAGGGCGUCCACUGCGUCGCCCUCAAGUGGGGGUUCGUUGGCCGGAGCGUGCUCGUCGGGAACGCGCUGGUGCACUUCUACGCGGACCACGGGUCGCUGGCGCGUGCGCGGAGGGUGUUCGACGAAAUGUCCGAGAGGGACGUCGUUUCCUGGACGACCAUGGUGGACGGGUAUGCGCGGAGGGGGUUGGCUGACGAUGCCUGGCGCGUGUUUUGCAGGAUGGUGGUGGCGGGGGGCCAGCAGCCGAAUGAGGUGACGCUGGUUGCGGCGCUGUCGGCGAUCGGGCAGAUGGGAUUGCUGGCACUGGGGAGGAGGGUGCAUCGGUAUGUUGCAGAGGGUGGUUUAGGUGGAAGCAUUAGCUUGGCGAAUGCGCUGAUCGAUAUGUUCAGGAAAUUCGGGUGCAAGUCCUCUGCCAGGGAGGUUUUUGACGGCAUGGCGGUCAAGGAUGUGUACUCCUGGACGACCAUGGUUAACGUUUAUGCCAAGUGCGGUCACUUGGAGAGUGCAGCUCAACUGUUCGAGGAUAUGCCUAGGAGGAACGCAGUUUCUUGGAGUUGCAUGAUCGCUGCUUACUCACAGGCAAAUCAGCCUGAGGAAGCAGUGAGGUUGUUUAAAAAGAUGAUUGAAGAAAAUGUUGAGCCGAUUAAUGCUACCCUUGUAAGCGUGCUUCCGGCCUGUGCUCAGUUAGGUUGCCUGGAUCUUGGUAGGUGGAUAUAUGAUAACUACAUUGUCAGUGGUAAGGUUGUACUUACCGUGAAUUUAGGUAAUGCAUUCAUUGACAUGUAUGCAAAAUGUGGAGAUUUGGAUGCAGCAUCAAGAUUGUUUGCUGAGAUGGGAGAGAGAAAUGUAGUGAGUUGGAAUUCGAUGGUCAUGGCCCAUGCUGUGCACGGUCAGUCUGAACAAGUCCUUCAUCUCUUUGAGCAGUUGAAAGGAACAGGUAUUGUGCCUGAUGAGAUCACAUUCCUUGGGCUACUUUCUGCAUGCAGUCAUAGUGGGUUGGUUUCAGAAGGGCGUCGGUAUUUUAAAGAAAUGAAAAUGGGCUAUCAGAUUGAACCCAAAGCAGAACACUAUGCAUGCAUGAUUGAUCUUUUGGGGAAAAGUGGACUUCUUGAAGAGGCACUCGAAGUUGCAAAGGGUAUGCCAAUGGAAGCUGGCGAGGCCGGUUGGGGUGCUCUUUUGAAUGCAUGCAGAGUGCAUGGCAAUGUAGAGAUUGGUGAAUGUGCUGCAGAUAAGCUAGUAAAACUCGAUCCAUCGGACAGUGGAAUAUAUGUACUUAUGUGCCAAAUAUAUGCAAGUAAAAGUAAAUGGGAUCAGGUGAAGAUGCUGAGGAUGUUGAUGAGAGAUAGAGGGGUAAAAAAGAACCCUGGAUGUAGUUCUAUUGAGGUGGAUGGAAAAUGUCAUGAGUUUUUGGCGGCAGAUGUUUUACAUGUUCAUUCAGAAGAUAUUUAUGCAGCAUUGAAGAACAUUUAUAUCCAUUUAAAACUGGAAGGUUAUGUUCCUCUGACUUGACAUGAGUGUGGCUGUAGAUAGAAAACGAAAACUUAGCAGCAGACAGCAUUUCAUAUAUAUAAAGCUCAUCUCUGUGCAAUCAUGCUGUACAUAGUUUCUUCAAUGACCUGCUGUGAUACAUUCAGUUCAUUCGAUGGCCCAAGAACGAGGUGAAUUUCUAUUGUCUUAAAAAAGAAAUUAAUGGACAGAAAAAUAAGGGCCAUUCUGAUUUGUUAUGCAGUACGUACAUAGGUUUGGCCAGAUUUUGUCAUGUGGAGAAAAUGUUAUACUGUUGAGUAACUCAAUUGACCCCUGACUAUUUCUGACCACCAAACUAUAGCCAGCUGUAAAGCUUUUCCAUGGUGAAACAUAUUCCUUCCAUUCUAGUAUCCAAAAUGCGCUUUGGAAAGGCUUUCUCAACAUUAUUAAGCUCCGAGACUCGGCAUUUUUUACCUACGCAUAAGCUCGCAACUUCAACUUGCUGUGUGGCUACAAUGAUCCGGUUCCCAUUAUUGUUGAGGGGAAAGUAAGUUUUGAUCCAGUUCCAAUCUUCUAUGGUACACAGGUCAUUAAGAACAAUCAGAUGCAUGUGGCUGGAGCAGUUCUGCGAUGGAGCUCGUUGAUUGGGGGCGCAUGCUUUCUCCAUGGAAAAUGGUCCGCCCUUCCCCGCAUGGAUGGCGAGAGGAGCAGGUGGGAGAAUGAAUAGAGGGAGGUGCAUGCAUCUGCGGUCUGUUUGAGCAUGAAGAAUUCAAAGGGAUCGCUCGUUCAACAGCUUCUCCCAAGCUUGGCCCCCACCCACCCCAAGAGAAGAAAAGAAAAAGACUUGAGAGGCCUCCCUGUGACUAGCUCAUACUCCCACGGGCCCUCUCCGUGUUGACUCAAAACAUUCCUCCCCAUCUUCCUUGCGAGGUCCAAGGCGAGGCGUCCUGGGGAGCUGAUCGCGCUCUCCCUCGAGCCAGCCGGCAGCUCCGCGGCUGCUUUUUCUUCCUGAUUUCCUGGUCGAGGCACUCGAAGAAAUAACAUGCGUAACAACAGGAGAUCGCUGCUGAAUUAGCUCAUUUUCUGAAACAGCUGCCCCAGGAACGCACCAUGGCUUUCAGGUCGAAGUUGGUGGGGGCGGCGGCGUUUGCAAAGAUGGCCGGGGCUAUGAAGCUCACGGGAGGCCUCAAGGUCGGCGCGGUUGCUGCAGCCGUAGUAGCUGCAACCACGGCUGCGAUUUCCGGGAAGGACACGAACAAAUGCAAUCGCAGGCCGAGAACAGAUGAUGAUAUAUAGAUGUCCUAAUGAAUUGUUCGAAGUGGAGUAGCACUACUUAUUUGGAGAUGUCCAAUGGAUCAACAUGUUAGCUCUGGGCGAUCGCCAUCAUUUUGCUUGCACUUUGUCCGCGGCUGCAGAUUCAGCUACCUUGUUUGCUUCUUUUUUCUUUCUUCUUUCGUUAAUGUUUAUAUGUUGGAACUUGUAACAAUCAGAAAAUGCCACGCCCA